AUGUCACACACACACUCACAUGAUGGUGGCCACAGCCAUUCUCAUGAUGGCUUCUCGGCGGCGGAGCACGGCCAUACCCACGAGAUCCUCGAUGGUCCCGGAAGCUAUCUGGGCCGCGAGAUGCCCAUCGUCGAGGGCAGGAAUUGGAGUGACAGAGCGUUCACGAUUGGAAUUGGAGGUCCCGUCGGCUCCGGCAAGACCGCGCUGAUGCUGGCCCUAUGCCUGGCACUGCGCGAGAAGUACGACAUCGCCGCCGUGACCAACGACAUCUUCACCCGCGAGGACGCCGAGUUCCUCACCAGAAACAAGGCGCUGCCGGCCUCGCGCAUCCGCGCCAUCGAGACGGGCGGCUGCCCACACGCCGCCGUGCGCGAGGACAUCAGCGCCAACCUCGCAGCCCUCGAGGACCUGCACCGCGAGUUCAGCACCGAUCUGCUGCUGAUCGAGUCCGGCGGCGACAACCUCGCUGCAAACUACAGCCGCGAGCUGGCCGACUACAUCAUCUACGUGAUCGACGUGAGCGGCGGUGACAAGAUCCCGCGCAAGGGCGGGCCGGGCAUCACGCAGAGCGAUCUGCUGAUCGUGAACAAGACGGACCUGGCGGAGGCGGUCGGUGCUGAUCUCGGUGUCAUGGAGCGGGACGCAAGGAAAAUGCGUGAAGGCGGGCCAACGGUCUUUGCGCAGGUCAAGAAGAACGUUGGAGUAGACCACAUUGUCAAACUCAUCCUGAGCGCCUGGAAGGCGAGUGGAGCGGAAGAGAAUAGGACAGCAAGUGGUGGCCCGAACCCAACACCAGGGCUGGACUCUCUAUGA